AUGCCUCCGAAACUCUCCAAGAGUGCCAAGCAAGGCUUGAUUGUCUCACAUCUCCGCACCUCACGGACCUGUCACACGCUGAAGGACCUCGAGAAGAUCCUCCCCUCGGUAGCCUCGAUCAACGGCAUCCAAGUCAAAGAGUAUAUCCAGGAACUCACAGAUGAUGGCAAGAUCCGUGUGGAGAAGAUCGGAAGCGGCAAUUGGUAUUGGUGUUUUGGUGGGGAUGAGAAAAAGGAACGCGAAAGGCAGUUGGCUCAACUCCGGAAGGAUGUGGAGCGGGUCCGGGCAAGCUGUAAGCGAGCCGAAGCGGAAUUGGCCGUGCGCAGAAAGGAGAGAGACAAAGAGCUGAAGCUUGGUGGUGGUGAAGAUGAGUGGAAUGAGCUGAUGGCGACAAAGAAGGCGCUGGAAGAGGAAAGGAAUCGCUUAUUGGCUGAGUGGACGGCUAUAUCUACUACUGGGGAGGGAAAAGGAAUGGGCCAGAUGAAGGAGGAGAUCGAGGAGUCUCGCCAACAGGCGCAACAAUACACGGACAAUAUCUACGUGCUGGAAGAGUAUGUCCGCAAGCUGACUGGCGGAGAUCGCGAGGUGAUGCAGGCGGUGCAGAGGGAAUGCUACGGGGACGAGUACGUGGAGGGGGAGGGCCUGCGAGAACUGGCCUGGUCGACAUGA